AUGGAAUCAGACUCCCCGCCCGAGCAACGAACCCAGGCUCAGGCAGAAGACAUUUUAUCCUUACUCUCUACCGCAGAAUAUAACGAUAAGCAUCUUGAGGAAAGUCUUCAAGACAUCGUUCGAGAGACGGGCUGGUAUGAGAACCUGGCAGCCGCGGUCCUCGACAGCUUGGAGAAUAUUGUUAGGGGGGGAGCGCCCGUGGCUGGGGCGAUGACAGACGCAGUUGGUAAAGCAACUGGGGCAGCCAUCGGAUUCGCAAAGGAACAUCCAGUGUUCUGCACAAUUGUUGCGUUGGGGGUGCUUGUAUUAUUGGCGCCGUGGGCGAUUGAGGCCUUUGGAUUCGGUGAACUGGGUCCUAUUGAAGGGACUUUUGCUGCUGCUUGGCAGGCGAGAUAUGCAGGUUAUGUUCCAAAGGGAUCGUUGUUCUCAUUUUUCCAACGAUUGGGAAUGGUUUGGGGGGCGAAAGUUCAUCAUGUGACAGCUGUGAAGCGGUGUGAAGAUUGAUUCUGGAUCAGCGGAUGGUGCAUUUCUCCCUCAGGGCCUGGAUUCCUCAUGAUAUCUCUGUAAAAACAGAAGUUGGGCAGCUUAAAUGUUA